AUGCUCACCUCGCUGCUGAUACAACUCUACUCGUACCUCGCGCCGGCCCUCUGGGACCCCAAGGCAACGGCGGCGAGCAGCCUCGGCGAAGAUCCAAAGACGCUGCUGGGUCUGCUGGAGCGGGCUGCGAGGCUGUGGCCAAACCACGGCAUUGCCUUCAAGGACCAGGGAUGGAGCCAACGGUCCGACUUCGUGACAUACGCUGAGCUCCUAAGGGAAGCGACGACAAACGCAGCCAAACUGCGGGAAAACGGCGCUGUCACGCCCCGGAAACACGUCGUGCUGUACUUCAACACGCACCACGACAACGUCGUAUGGUUCUGGUCGGUUGUCGCCGCAGGAGGCGUGCCUGCUCUCCUUUCUCCGCUUUCCAGCAACGACACCACGCUCGCUGGGGAACUCGAAAACCUCACCAACCUCUUCAACGGCCCGACCGUUCUCACCACCAAACAGCUCAGCCGACUCUUUAGGCCGAUUGCCUCCAUCACUACGCUCACCGUGCAGUCGAUGGCAACAACCAAGGUGGAAGAGUUUUACGGCAUGAAAGCGGUGGAUGAGGGAGUCGGUCACGAAGAUGAGUUGGCAGCCAUCUUAUUCACCAGCGGCAGCACAGGAUUCGCAAAGGGUGUUGAGUACACGCAUACGCAGUUCGUGAGUUCCAGCAAGCUGAAAAGCAAUUUCCAUGGCACGAACUCGGCCAUGACGUUCAUGUCUUGGGUCAGUUUCGACCACAGUGCCGCGCUCUGCGAAAACCAUUUACAUGCGGUUUACGCGGGCGCGAACCAGGUCAUGAUUCCGGCGAUUGACUUCGUGAGGAAGCCUGUUCGGUUCUGGAAGGUGCUCAGCGAGCAUCGGGUUGCUUACACAUUUGCUCCGAACUUCUUCAUCGCCACGGCCACACGUGCCAUCAACGAAGUCGAUGAGUUCGAGAGGAAGCGCAUGAGGUUGGACUUCAGCGAGCUCCGCGUGAUCAUGUGCGGCGGCGAAGCGAACAAGACAGCUACUCUGGCUGCGGCGGAGAGGGUUUUGACGGAACAUGGCGCACCGAAGUGUAGCAUCAAGGCGAGCUACGGCUUGAGCGAGACUUGUUCAGCGUUCUUCUACAAUCUAGAGUCGCCAACGUACGAUGUGAAGCGAAAAUACGACUUCGCAUCUGCUGGGAAGCACCUUCCACAGCACGAGCUCCGCCUUGUUGAUGAGCACGGCAGGCAUGUCAAGCGGGGAGGGUCGGGUGCCAUUCAAGUCCGAGGAGCGCUCAUCUUCAAGCGCUACUACAACAAUGAGGCGGCCACGAGCGCUUGCAUGACCAAGGAUGGUUGGUUCGACACGGGCGAUCUCGGAAUGCUUGACGAUCAAGGAAACUUGUGCAUCGUUGGUCGCUCAAAGGAGAUCCUCGUCAUCAAUGGCCAGAAGUACUCGUCAUUCGAGCUGGAACACGCCAUUGAAACGACGAACAUCCCCGGUCUCAGCAAGAGCUACACCGCAUCCUUCUCUGUCUGGACCCAGGACACCAAAGCCGACAGCGAAGACGUCGUCGUUCUGUUCAACCCAACCAAUGAUGCCAUGGACGAUUCACCCGCGCUUCGGGAGACGGUCACCCAGAUCAACGAGGCUUGCAUUCGCUUCUGCCGUAAGCGUCCCGUACAGGUGAUUCCUCUGCCGAAGCAGAAGCUGCCGAAAUCCACGAUUGGAAAGCUGUCUCGGGCGAAGCUGAAGAAGUCUUUCCAAGCUGGCCACUUUGACGAGUUCAAGCUAGCGGAGCGCGCGCCUCAGUUUGCCUCUCAUCGAGGCGCAGACCUGGAGACGCCUCUGCAAAAGGUCUUGGCCAGAGUUCUGUGCGAGGAGACUGGAUUGAAGCAUUCGGACUUGCAUCUCGACAUAGCAGUUGCGGAUUUGAACAUCGACAGCCUGGGAUAUCUCCGCAUCAAGUCAUCGCUCGAGAAGAUCCUCGACUGUGAGGACCCCAUCUCGAUGUCUCUGCUCCUGUCGUGUCGGACGAUUGGUGACUUGGACAUGAUGCUUCUCUCGCUGGGUACCACGACGACCGAAUACGACCCAAUCGUGCCGCUCGUCGCGUCGGGAUCGAAGAGUCCGCUCAUCCUGUGCCAUCCCGGAGGAGGCGAAUUCUUGACGUGGCUUGGAUUGUUAAAGUACGUCCCGGACAGGCCUAUUUUUGCGCUGCGGGUCCGCGGAUUCCACAAGAACGAGACGCCGUUCGAGACGUUGGAUGAGAUGCUUGACGUCUACAUUGAUGGCAUCAAGCGGCACCAACCAAAAGGGCCAUACUCGCUCCUCGGCCUCUGCUUCGGCGGGAUGCUCGCGUUUGAGCUGGGCAAGAGACUCGAAGCAGCGGGCGAGCAAGUGCAAUUCUGCGGCGGGAUCGACAACCCGGCCGACUUGACGCGGAUCCAGGUGCGCGAGAAGCAGCGCAACUUCAUCAUCGACUUGCUGCACUUUUUCCAGCUCUUGGACAUGGAGACUGCGAUGAGAUGGGAGAAGGAGAUGGACGACAUCCCAGACGAACAGUUCACGCAGGCCAUCUUCGCGCGCUUCCCCGACGGGACGCUGGAGAACCUUGAUCUGACGAUCCCAAAGGUCGAGACAUGGCAGCGGAUCAACACCAACAUGCAGCGGAUCACGCGGUCGUACGUUCCACGCGGACAAGUGUCAAAGUAUGACCUCUUCUGGGUGCCGCCGCUACCGCAGUACAAGUGCAGCGACGAGGAAUGGCGACACGACUGGCUGUCGAAGUGGAAGACGCACGUGACGGGAGCGGAGCAAAGAGACGUUGACGUUGAGGACUCGGAAGGGCCGCUGCGGUACCACCGCGUUCAGGGCACGCACUUCACCAUUCUGAGGCCGGAGAACAUCGACAUUUUCCAGGUGGCGUUGAACAAAGCCAUGGGGUUGCGAGGCGUGUGA